AUGAUUUCCCCGCCUCGCGAUCCCUACGCGCCGGACGUGUCCGUCUCCGCUAUCACUUUCUCCAACCUCACCAAUAUCCACUACGCCCGCUUCUCCCACACCCCCACCCGCCCUCACCUCAACUCCCCGCUUCACUCCCGGGCACGCUACCUCGAACAUGGCCUCGGCUCCUCCCUCGCUCUGCCCACGGCUGCCGCCGCCCUCCUACAAGAGUCCCUCCCAGGCACUCUUCCGGCCCUACUCGUCCCCACCCCGCUCCCAAAAUCUACGGCCCCCUCCGCCAAGCACCACCGCUCCUCCUCCCCCGCCGCCUCUGUCCAACCAACUCUCUGGGUAUUCGCUCCUGCCACGCUCCUCGCCCGCUCUAAGGAUCUUCUCGCUCCGGUUUUCGCCAUCGCCGACACCGGCGUAUGGCACCCCUCUUCUCCCCCAGCGCCGACCGAGGCCUUUCUCGCUGCUCUGCGUCGCUCCAUCCCCAUCGCUCUGCGCUCCGAGGGCGUUCGCGUGCUCGGUGACCGCCUCAUCCACCCCUCGGCAGGCCUAGCCUACUCGUUCUCGCUGUCGGUCCUCUCCCCUGCCGAGCCUACCGUUGUCGCGCGUCUCCGCGUGUCCAAGUCGCUCGCCCGCCAUCUCCAAGACCCGGAUUCUGCGGCUGCCCUCGCUGGCGAGCACAUUCCCGUCCUCGCUGCCCCGCUGGGGACAUCUGCCGUCCUCGCCGCCCGCGCCAUCGCCGGUGAUGCGCUUUCAGCCUCCGUUAUCGCCCGCUGGCGUGAAGCAGGCCUCCUGCCACCAGGAAAUCUCGAGGAUGAUGCAGUCGUCUUCCUCAAAAUGUCCGACGGCCAUGACGUCCCGUUUCCAAGGGUAUGUGUCCUCACGGAGCAACCCCCGAGGUCUAUCAUCUCCCAGGCCUCCGCUUCCUCUGCAUUGUCUGCCUCCUCUGCCGCGAAGAACGGCGCGCAAAACUCUGUACCGGCUGACGCGUCACAACAAGAUUCGACCGCCAAGGCCGCCCAGCCCAAGUCGCCCGCUCGUUCUCGCAAGCGCCCACGCUCCCCCGGCUCUGCUAUGUCCGAUGUGCCUGCGGACGUUAAGACUGAACCCAAGCCAGAGAAGACCUCAGCAUCUCGUUCUCUACCGCAUCAGCUUGACCCACUCGCCACGCUUCGCGACCGCUUCGCCGCCGACGCUCCAACCGCGAAAUCGCUCAACGAUGCUUUGGAGCUUGCGAGGAAGGAAGGGAAAGCAGAACCAGUCCCGGUUUUGCAUCACCCACUGGCACAUGGCAUCCCACCACCGUCGUUUGAACACCAUGAGGACGAGGUUGGUAAACACACCAAAACGGAAAACGAUACAACUUCCGAGACCCACAAUAGCCCGACUGCUGGAACCAAGACUUCAGGAGCUGACGCCGAAUCUAACACGAAAGCUAACAGGAGUAGCAACAUAGCUCAACCCGAAGAUGAUCAAAAACAAGUUUCUGCCGAAGCGCCUGUACCAAACAUAACAAAACGUUCAGGAAGUUCUGAAGGUCUUGAUGCUUUCUUGUUGGAUGGUGACACAUCGGGUGAACAAGGCGGUUUUGAUAGUGGUCCAGGCAUGGACAUGACUGAUUUCACAGCCUUUGAUGAUGAUGUAACAAAGUUUUUCGGAAACAGCAUUGAUGACCGACUUCCAGGCACAGACAACCCGCUUUCAGAGCCGGAUGUGUCCGGGAGGUCGUUACCGCCCGAGCAAACCAACAGCAUAGGUCGCUCUGCGGAUCAAGAUGCGAGCCUUUCGCAAUCCAACUCAGAUGGUAGUAAGCUCGUGCGAGAUUCGGAUAUGGAAAUUGAUACAGAUGAGCACAAGCCGCCCAAGGAUACGCGCACUACUACCGGACGGGGUGCCGGUCGCUCGGCCUUCUCUGAGGACGUGAUGGCUAUGGCCCUUUCCGUUCUCCGCAAACAGCGCGUAAUGGCGUCAAGACCCGACAACAAGGCUGUGAAUUCUGAACUCAGCGGCAUUUUUGAGGAUGACUUAGUUGAGCGACGGCUUGGGCGCCUGCGCCCGGUUGGCGCAAUCGGCAAGCGGCAUACGAGGUCAAAGCUGAUUGCGAGAAAGUUGCUUGUACCGAGCAAGGCUGACGUUUAUUCCACCCGCUACACACCAUCUACUACCGUUUCGAACUCGACCGCGUUGUAUGGGCUACCUCCGCAAAAGCCAUGCAAGGCGUAUUCAGAGCCGAGCCGACUGAGUCUCAUGGAUAUGUACAUCCCGCGAAGAAAACUGAAGGCGUUUAUGCGGCUGCGAAAGACCGGGAAACCAUUCACUCGAGAAUCUACAUUAACACUUUCGGACAGUGAAGACAGCGACUCUUCUGAUUGCGAAGAUGAAGAGACUCGCCCCACCAACAGCAACAUCUAUAGUGGGGUAGGAAGGAAUGCGAACGGCAAGACCGAAAACAUUGUGGAAGAGAGUCGAAAGCACAGCGCUCAUGCAACUGGGCACACGGAUUGGCAAGCAAAAGGACACAGCGGCAAGAGCGAACCAUCUUCGGUCAAGAUCGUGGACAUGGUUGCGGUUGAUUGUGUGAGCGCGUGUAUGGUUCUUGCUUCAAGCCAGUUGCUACCCCUGUCCUUUUCUCCCGUGUCGUACGAAUCAGAGUCGCCGUCAGCUGCUGCAGAAAACAGCGAGUCCGGUGAGCCUCUUCGCGAGGAUGUGGGUGCCAAAUCGACAGAAUCGCACGAUGGGGACAUAAAGCCUCCGAACUCUGCGGCUUCGAGGUCACAGCCAAUUACUCAAGUGGCCUCUCCUGUCAGCUUACCUGUUGCCGUUGCGAAGCGCGAGAGAGAAAUGCUCGCGCUUUUGACAAUUCUGGAAAUGCAGGCUUUCUCCAUGAGCGAACUCGACCUUUUCCGAGACGAAAAAGUUUCCCAGAAAAGGAAGGCUUUCGCGUUGGGUAGCCGGCAGGACCCAGCACCAAGAGAAGAGAGUCAAAAUACCGUGUCGUCAGCCACCGUGAGAUGUGUCGUCCACGGCCUACCCCGCAUACUGAAUACCAGCCGAGCUUUCGGAAGCUGCUCGGCUGAACUGCGCAGCCUACACAAGGAAGUACCGGCCAUGGAGAUACGCGGCCCCCUCUCAGUGAACGACGUACUUGGGGGCAAUUCUUCUGUGUUUCCCUUGGAGCGUCCCCGCGUGUGCGUUGGAUACAACAACGAUUGGAUCGAGACCCCGAGCGGCGUUCUUCCUCUAUGGGAAAAGACCGGGCUCGAACCCUACAGUGAGCGGAAAAAUGUCGAAUAUGUAGCAGUCGCUCCGAAAGACAUGGAAAGCGACGUCAGACUAUUCCUUCGAGACCUUUCCGCGGCUUACGAAGAAUGCUCAUUUGGUCGACAUUCAGCAAUGCCGUUUGAUGCUGUAACCUUAAUUUCCAACUCGAUGGUUAAGCCGGAUCCAAGAGGGCUAAUGAAGAACCCAGAUCUAUUGAGUGAUGUGGACAAGGCCAUGGCUGAACAGUACCACCUAGCCAUCACAGGGCUCUGCACGAAAUUGGACGCAGUAACAAGAGAGCACAGGAAGAAUGCAAGUGGGGUAGCCACGAAUAUUGUGGCUUAUAUCGUGUCGCCCUACGAGAAUGGUGACAUGGCUGCAAAUGUUGCCCUUUUGAAAGCUGUAGCCCCUUUGGUGAGUUCAAUACCUGGGACAGUCCCAUCUACAGUCGCCAUGUUUGGAUCAAAUGUAUUAGGAGGCUCACUACCACCAGCCCCAUGGAGGUCUUCUCCGGCUUCAAAGAGUGUUGUGUCCAUCACUGUGCGCGUGCUGCCGAGGGAAGUUGUGAAUCGCCAGCUCUGUGGUCAUGUACAAAUUCGGUGUUUGCUUGAGAAAUCUCUCCGACCUCAACUCAUGAAAGCCGUUUCGUUUGCAGUGUUCUCUUCCAUUCGGUCGAAACGGGUGCGGACAUCGCUCAUCGACGGAGAUGUCGCAGGAGUUAUUGCGCGCACAGCGCUUAUGCCCGACGAUUUGAUGUCUCCUAUGACUCCAGAUAUCGUCGCUGAAUCUCCUGGGGCCCCCCCUGCUGCUCCAGUGUCUCCUAAGGGCACAUUAACUGAGGAGAACGUCGGAAGCCCACCGACAAACUCGGCAGCAUUACCUCAUGCAUUUAUAGAUCAAAGCGUGGCCCUCUCACCAUCGUUUCUCCAUGAGCCCGCCAUUGUACUAUCUGGAGUCGGAAAGCACUUGGGCCAAGUAGAUGCGCGUGCAGACAUUGUAUUGCACUUGGCGUAUUCGUUCUGCGAGAGCUCAUCUCGCUACGUCUUCGUUUGGACGUCGCAGAGAGGCGAAAUGCUUGACAUUGCGACAGUUCCGAUAUCCAAGUUCGCUGUAGCGGCUUCUAGGAGAAAAGCGUUUUGGUGCAUGUGGGUAAGAGGGCAGCGAUGGAAGAUUCCGUACGUCAAAGAUAUUCAUGCGACUGUCACUAAGCUUGGACCUCUUGUUGAGGGCGAAGUAGAUGACUGGGAAUGGGUGCUGGCCAAAGUAAUGCGCGCUAAAGCCGCCUCAGCGGACAAACAUAGUGAAGACCAGCCAGAUGAGAAGGUCAUCAGAAGAUUUCCACCGCUCGUUGAUCAACCAAGAGGGGAAGAUAUAGCGGACUUGUACAGUGAUCACCCCACGCCAGCAACACCAGGAAAUUUGCACCAUGCCAACCCCGGGGCAACUUCCAAACCUAGCAUUUCUCUCGAAACCAAAAUGCCAGGCAUCUCAUCCGUCUCAAUUCUGAACGUUUGUGAGGCCGACGAGCAAUUCCUGUUAGCACCAGGGGAAAAGAGUGACACCAAUCAAUGUGGAUUUGUGCUCGUAUCCCUUGAUUCAACAUCAGGACGGCGGAAGCCCCUCGCUAGUGCUGUUCUUGCGCGCUUCGAGGAGAAGGACAUCACAGCCAUUCAGCUGAAUGUGUUCCGUCACUACGGAAAAGAACGACAGGGCGAAGACAUGGUCGACGACAGGUCGCCGUGGGACGCCGCUGCUGUCGAAACCAUUGCAAGCAAUAUUGCGUCAAACUUUCAUGACUUGAGGUAUGUCGGCGCACCGCCGAGUUGGCCCCAGAGCCACUGGAUGAGCAGCUAUCCCAUUCAUCUCGAUGUGGUUCGAAGAUUUCAAAGGCAAGUAGAAUUUGUGCACGCAUCUGCUUUCGGACCAGAUAUAUUGGGCCUAAAAUAGUUGUCGCGCCCCUUACUGAGCAUGUUACAAGAUGAUUAGAAGGAGGCAUCCAUAUCGACCUCAGGACGAGAUUAUUGAUUUGUUGAGUGGUCUCACUGCCAGGAGAUGCGAAAUGUGACGCCAAUAGGGGUCAGAUACGACGUGUUAAGAUUAUUUGUAAAUAUUGUGGGUACCGCCUUAAGUGUUUAUCGUUCA